AUCAUAGUGAAAUAGAAAAAAAAAAAGAAUGUCAAAAGGGGAGGCAACCAUAAACUUUACAGCAAGUCAAGCUAUUGAAGUAUACACAAAAGGAACUAAAGCUUGGUUUCCCGAUAAAGAAGAAGGUUGGAUAUCAGCGUCUUGUAUAUCAAAUAAAACAGAAGGUGAUAAAGUUAUCAUCAUUUUUGAAGACGAUAAUAACGGCAAGGAACAUGUAUUUGAAUCAACCAUCGAUCACAUUACUAAAACAAAUGGUUCGACUUUACCACCACUUCGAAAUCCACCUAAAAUAGAAUAUACGGAUGACUUGACUAAUCUAAGUUAUUUGAAUGAACCUUCCGUUUUAAAUAGUAUUAGGACAAGAUAUAUGCAACACUUAAUCUAUACUUACUCGGGCAUUGUUUUGAUUGCUGUGAACCCAUUUGAUAGAGUAUCACUUUAUGAGCCAGAUAUUAUUCAACAGUAUUCUGGUAAAAAACGAGGAGAGCUUGAACCCCAUUUAUUCGCUAUUGCAGAAGAUGCCUAUCGUUGUAUGAUUCGAGAGAAAAGAAAUCAAACGAUUGUUGUAUCUGGAGAAAGUGGUGCAGGUAAAACUGUGAGUGCGAAAUAUAUCAUGCGUUACUUUGCAACUGCUGAUGACCAAGAAACAACAAAUAAAAAGAAAAGAAAAGCAGAGGGGAUGAUGACUGAAGUGGAAGAACAGAUUUUAGCUACAAAUCCUAUUAUGGAAGCUUUUGGUAACGCAAAAACGACACGCAAUGAUAAUAGUUCACGAUUUGGUAAAUAUAUUGAAAUUCAAUUUGAUAAGGAUACAAACAUUGUUGGUGCAAAGAUAAAAACAUAUUUAUUGGAAAGAUCCAGAUUGAUAUUUCAACCUGAAACUGAAAGAAAUUAUCAUAUAUUUUACCAGCUUUGUGCCGGUGCUCCUUCAAAAGAGAGACAAAAUUUCGAGAUAGGAAAUAGUUACUCAGAUUUUCAUUAUUUGAAUCAAAGCGGAACAGGAGAAAUUCCUGGGGUAGAUGAUGCAGAAGAGUUUGAAAUAACACAAAAGGCAUUGUCAACCGUAGGUCUAUCAGUGGAUCUACAAUGGAGGAUAUUCAGAGUAUUAGCUGCCUUAUUACAUAUUGGUAAUAUCAAAAUUACAGGUCGUGGUGAUGCUAUCGUCUCUGAUACAGACCACGCUCUUUUAAUCGCUACUCGUUUAUUGGGUAUUAAACUCGACGAAUUCCGAAAAUGGAUUGUUCGAAAGCAAAUCAUUACCCGUUCUGAGAAAAUCAUCACUAAUUUAAAUCCAACUCAAGCUCAUGUUGUAAAGGAUUCUGUUGCAAAAUACAUUUAUUCAAAUUUAUUUGAUUGGCUUGUGGGUAUCAUUAAUGAAAGCCUUUCUUGUCCAAAUCCUGAUAAUAUUAGCAAUUUUAUUGGUGUUCUUGAUAUUUAUGGAUUUGAGCACUUUAAAAAGAAUUCGUUUGAACAAUUUUGUAUUAAUUAUGCAAAUGAAAAACUUCAGCAGCAGUUCAAUCAACAUGUAUUUAAAUUAGAGCAAGAAGAAUAUAUGCGUGAAAAGAUUAAUUGGACGUUUAUUGAGUUUAGUGAUAACCAAAAAUGUAUCGAGAUUAUUGAAGGAAAAUUAGGUAUCCUAUCUCUUUUAGAUGAGGAAUCUCGUCUUCCUGCUGGUACUGAUCAGGGAUUUUGUCAAAAAUUAUAUGAUAAUUUCAAUAAUCCAGAAUAUAAAAACUAUUUCAAAAAACCUCGUUUCUCAAACGAAGCAUUCACAAUCGCUCAUUAUGCACAUGAUGUUCAAUAUGAGACUGAAAACUUUUUGGAAAAAAAUAAAGACUCUGUGCCCGAUGAACAUCUUCAAUUAUUGCAAAAUGCAGAAUUUCCAUUCCUUCAGGAAAUAUUAGCCAAAUCAACUGAGGCUGCGAAUGCUGCUAUUAUUUCAAAGGAAAAUAAAAGAAAGAGUUUAAUUUCAAGGAAACCAACACUAGGUUCUAUCUUUAAACAUUCUUUGAUUAGCUUAAUGGAUACUAUCGAAAGUACAAAUGUGCAUUAUAUUCGUUGUAUUAAACCUAACGAAGCAAAAGUGGCUUGGGAUUUUGAAGCACCUAUGGUCCUUUCACAACUUCGUGCUUGUGGUGUGCUGGAGACAAUUCGUAUCAGUUGUUUAGGUUAUCCAUCUCGAUGGACAUACGAAGAAUUCGCUGAACGCUAUUAUGCUUUAGUAUCCUCUCAUUAUUGGGACCCUAAGGAAAACCCAGAGGUAAAAAGUCUUUGUCAAAUUAUCUUGGAUACUUGCAUUCAAGAUACAGAUAAAUACCAAAUGGGUGAGACAAAGAUCUUUUUCCGUGCUGGUCAGUUGGCCUAUCUUGAGAAGCUUCGAUCCGACAAAUUUAACGUUUGUGCUACUAUACUUCAAAAGAACAUUCGUCGUUUUGUAUAUCGUCAUCGUUAUCUGCGUAUACGUGAAUUGGCAAUUCGACUUCAAUGUCUUACUCGUAAAAGAAUUGCACAAAAGGAACUUGUUCGUCGUCAACAGGAGAAGGCAGCUACCAUCAUUCAAACCUAUUUCCGUCGAUAUAGGGUUCGUAAAGAGUAUUUGGCAAAGAAAGGCUUUAUUCUUAAGUUACAGACAGCUAUUCGUGCACGUAUGGCCCGUCAAGAUUGUCAAAAAUUAAGAGAGAAUAAUGCCGCCAUCCAAAUCCAACGUCAUGUUAGAGGAAUGAUUGCUCGCAAAUGGUACAAGACACAGCUUCAAUACGUUACUUUCUUACAAUCAUGUAUUCGUCGUCGUGCUGCUUACAAACAAUUACUUGCUUUAAAAGUAGAGGCUAAAUCUGCCAACCAUUUCAAAGAGAUCUCUUACAAGUUGGAGAAUAGAGUGGUUGAAUUAACGCAAACAGUGGAUACAUUAAAAGCUGAGAAGAAGGAAAUGCAUAGCAAAUUAUCUCAUCUUGAAACUCAACUACAAUACUGGACAGAUAGACAUGAAAAGAUGGAAAAGGAUUCUAAAGCUAUGGAACAAAGCUUACGUCAAAACACUGUUCCUUCUUCUGAAUUUGAGACUCUUAAGAAAGAAAAGGAAACACUCGCAUCAGAGCACGCGAUAGCAUUAGAGAAAGUGACACAAUUAACAACUGAAUUAGAUCAACUUAGAGAAGAAUUAAAUAAAGAAAAGGAAAAGAACAAGACAAUAGUAGUAGAAUUGAACAAGAAGAAGAAAGAGGAAGAAAAUGAAGAAGCAAUCAAAGCUCGAAAUGAUGAAGUAGCUGAUCUAAAGGCACAAAUUGUAGCAUUGAAGUCACAACUUGCUAAAUCUAUGCAUACACGUCAACAAUCAUCACUUCUUCCUCCUACCAAACACAUUUCAAACGCUAGUCAUAGAACUAUUUCUCCUUCAAAUCAUACUGGUAAUAGACGACACAUGUCUCGCUUUACUGAUGAGCAUCCUCUCGUAGAAACAAUACCGCAAGAGAAUGGUUAUAAGACAAUACGACAAAAUAGUGUUUUAAUAAACAGAAAAUUACGUCGCAAUAGUUCUGCUGAAGUGACUGGAAAUGUUCCAAAGACUUCUAUUGAACAAAUCCGUAAAAUAGAAGAAUUGGGUAAAAUGAAGAGUCCUCGACCUACAUCUGUUGGUCAAUCAAAUACACUUGCUGGAGGAAAGAGUAGUAUAUUAGAUAUUAUAUCUGACAAUCCAGAAGAAGAGAUUAAUGCUAUUCUUCGUCAAGAAGAAUCACUCAGAGAAGAAGUAUUGGAAGGGCUUAUUCAAUCACUUAAACUUCCAUUGCCAAAUGAAAAGAAUCCUCCAUCACGCAAAGAAGUUAUGUUUCCUGCACAUAUUAUUAGUCUAUGUGUGAAUGAUAUGUGGAGAAUUGGAUAUAAUCGUGAAUCUGAAACCUUUUUAUUUGCUGUCAUUGAGACAAUUCAAAAACGAUGCUUGACUUAUGUUGGAGAUGAAAGUAUUGUUCCUUGUGCUUUCUGGUUAACAAAUGUCCAUGAGCUUUUAUCGUUGAUUGUACAAUCUGAAAAUCGUAUAGAAAUAGAAAUGAAACGAAGAGAAUAUUCGAUUGGAUGGAAAGAGUUUGAAAAAUUAAUUCAAACGAUUAAGUUUGAGUUGCAGUGUUUAGAAGAUACUAUUUUCCAUGUGUGGAUGAAAGAAAUUAAGCGAAAAUAUAAUAAGAUAAUAAUUCCUGCUCUUAUUGAGAGUCAAUCUCUUCCUGGUUUUAUUACCAAUGAUACUGGUAGAUUCUUAAACAAGCUUCUUCUGGGUGCUACAGGUCCAGCUUAUAGUAUGGACGAUUUACUAAAUUUCUUGAACAAGUUACAUCGUAUUAUGAUUUGUUACUAUAUUGAGCCAUCUGUUAUCAAUCAAGUCUUGAUUGAAAUAUUAAAGAUGACAGGAGUUAUAGCAUUUAAUGAUCUUUUAAUGAGAAAGAAUUUUUCAUCGUGGAAAAGAGCCAUGCAAAUUCAAUAUAACAUUACACGUGUUGAGGAAUGGUGUAAGAGUCAUGGUAUUCCAGAAGGAACAUUACAAUUAGAACAUUUGAUGCAAGCUACAAAGUUACUUCAAUUCAAAAAGGCGACUUUAGAAGAUAUUGAAAAUAUUUACGAUGUCUGUUGGAUCCUCUCUCCUACUCAAGUUCAAAAAUUAAUUUCACAAUACCAUGUUGCUGACUAUGAAAACCCUAUUCGACCAGAAAUCCUUCGUGCAGUUGCAUCUCGCGUUGUUAGUGGUGAUAAAAGUGAUAUUUUACUUUUGGAUUCAGUAUCAAUUGAGGAUACUAGUUCACCUUAUGAAAUUCCAGAGCCUCGUGAAUCCCAACUUUACCUUUAUUUACCAGCUUGGUUACACUUAAAGCGUAUUCGUCGCCUUACUUUAUUAGAAUCGAUUUUAAUUGAACAAGCUGACAAUCAUGAUACCAAAACAGUGGAGCAGGAGAAAAUAAGUAUGUUAACAGAAGAACCAUCUGAGCUGACUUCUAUUGCAUAGUAUAUAAACUUGUUUAAUACUAUACAGCAUCUAUUUCAUAUAUAAAUAUAUGUAUAUACAU